CACCGUCCGUUCAGUCGCUCGCCGAACUUUGAAUCGCAAACGCGCGCGCGCUCUCUCGCGCACCAACCAAUUCCACGAGCAUUCCGUUUGGCUGUGCGUGCCAUCCCUCGUCUCCUACCCGCCCAUGAAAGGAUUCACUCACCACAACGGAACAUUUCCCACAACGACGCUCAGAGCCGCGUGAGAAACGAACCACUGCCAAACGAGCUGCCCGAUCGGAGGCCACCGGCACACCAGGCACAUUCCAGGCACCAUUCUUCUCCCAUUAGUGUGACGACCAUUCUCCAGAACAAACCCCCAAAACCGACGAUGGACCGGUUAGGACUGCUGGCGACGGCCUACGGCCAACCGAAUAAACAUUCUAGUCAAUUCCGCAACCCGUUCGGUGGCCGGCCGUGGAUGGAGCAGAGCGGUGCGGCGGCAGCAGCCCCCGGGGCCAAGGGGCUGAAGGGCAUCGUGGCCGGUGGCAUUACCGGCGGUAUCGAGAUUUGCAUCACCUUCCCGACCGAGUACGUGAAGACGCAGCUGCAGCUCGACGAGAAGGGUGCGACCAAGCAGUACAACGGCAUCAUGGACUGCGUGAAGAAGACGGUCAAGACGAACGGUGUGCUCGGGCUGUACCGUGGGCUUAGCGUGCUGCUGUACGGCUCCAUCCCGAAGUCAGCUGUCCGGUUCGGUGCGUUCGAAAGCCUGAAGGGACGUCUGAUGGACUCGAACGGGCAGCUCAGCACGUCCGGCAAGCUGCUGGCCGGGUUGGGUGCGGGCGUCGCCGAAGCCAUCCUCGCCGUCACGCCGAUGGAAACGGUCAAGGUGAAGUUCAUCAACGAUCAGCGCAGCGGGACGCCCAAGUACAAGGGGUUCUUCCACGGCGUCGGCAUGAUCGUACGGCAGGAGGGUCUGUCCGGCGUGUACAAGGGCCUUACCGCGACCAUACUGAAGCAGGGCUCGAACCAAGCGAUCCGCUUCUACGUGAUGGAAACGCUCAAGGACAUGUACAAGGGCGACGAUCCGUCCAAGCCGGUGCCGAAGAUGAUGGUCGGCGCGUUCGGUGCCGUGGCCGGGGCGGCCUCCGUCUUCGGCAACACCCCGAUCGACGUGGUGAAGACGCGCAUGCAGGGGCUCGAGGCGGCCAAGUACAAGAACACGGCCGACUGCGCGCUGCAGAUCUGGAAGAACGAGGGACCGAUGGCGUUCUACAAGGGUACGGUGCCGCGACUGUCGCGCGUCUGUCUGGACGUGGCGAUUACGUUCAUGAUUUACGACUCGUUCAUGGAUCUGUUCAACAAGUUCUGGCGUUAGGUCGAAUCCGGUGGGGAGAGGGGGGGGGGGUCUGAGGAGUUUCAAUGCCAUUAUCUCUAGAUUGACACCUGAGGACGGUGUGAGGAUGACGAUGAGGCUGCAGCCGGUGUCAGGGUUCAGGGAUGCAGGAUGCGCCAAAGCGGAGGACGGAAUGUACAUUCUAUAAAACGGGAAGUCUCUCGGGACAGUGGAACAAAACGCGGCAAACCAAACGACAUUCCGGUGUACAUUCAGGGAUUUUAUGAGCAUAACAUUAUGAGCGGUCGGGAACGUGCGCAAUGUUGCAGCCCCAGUUCGUUUCGUAUCAGGACGCAGUUUUAGCACGUUGUGUGUUAGAUGUUGACCAUGCACGAAUUAGCUAUUAGUGGGAGCGGGUGGGGCGGGAGAAGGUAUAGCAAACACAUCAGAGGAAUGGGGUACCAAAAGGGCACUGUUAGAGGGGGGGAUUUUUUUUCGCGUAGAACAUAAUUACUACUACUUUUAGGGCACUGUUUAGUGGACGCCUUCCCUACCGAUGGCUGCACUAUUUGUAAGAAAUGGUGAACUCUCCCUCACCGUUCUUGCAUUCGUUAAUGUUCCCUUCUCCCCGUUUUUGGUAACUGAUUGCAGACGUUGCUACCGUUGCGAACGAUCUCCUGUAAGGAGUUGAAAUCGGCUUAUAUCCUAAAAACAAAAAAAAAAUGAACACAAAACGUUUAUCAAAAAAAGUCGGCAAUUACUGUAAAACAGCCAUUUUCCGUACGCGUUCAAAGAAGUUGUUGUUUUAGUUUUCAUCUUGUUCGUUUUGUUAUAACCGUGACUCCACACCAUCAUGCUGGUGCGCUUUUUCUUUACUGUACUUUAACGUUUUACGCGCUUCAAGGGUGCAUCGCCGCAUCGGGUUAAUCACACGCAUUCCGUAAACUUUUAUGUUUUGUUUUUUUUUUCGUUCUACUGUAAGGCCAUUUACUUUACACGCUUGCGCUUAUCUGUCGCGGCUAACAUACUGCGCUUUUCGUCUGGCGGCCGUUGCUUUUUUGGCGUUUUUGAAAGCGUGCUAGAGAUACUAAAAAACAAAAACGACCCAAUUCCUGACUCGUAUUUAUAUACAACUAUAUAUACACAUACACAAACACACUAUUAUCUAUAUACAAUGUCGUAGCGUAAAACCCAGGGUGUUUUCAUUUUGUAAUUUUGUAGAGGAAGUACGUGGUUAGACUGUAUUGCGCAUGAUUGCAGGAAUAAAAGCCGUGUCGAGAGACGAACGACACAAACCUACAA